AUGUAUGUGAAAUGGUUUAAUACAGUAAUGUUUUACUAUGUGAUUUUAGUGAUUUUAGUGAAUGUCACUUUUUGUCAUUUUCAAAUUUCCCACCAGUUCCGUCCCCUGUAUGUCCUGACGGUCGCAGGGGACGGAACCCAGAUGACAGAUGCCGGCAUCCGCCGAAAUACAUUGCCAGGGACACUGCAGGAGGGACAUCGCGGGAGCGCAGGACAAGGUAAGUGAUGGAGGGAUCGCGGAGCAGUGCCACAUAGUAAGCCCGAGUGUAGCGCUGGGUUACCGCUUGUGCUACACUCUGGAAUACCGCCAGGGAGGUUA